AUGACCGACGAGAGCUCCGAUGUCCCCCGGGAGUUGACGGAAAGCAUAAAGGAUGUUAUUGGCAGAAAGAUCAAAAUCUCAGUGAAGAAGAAAGUGAAGCUGGAAGUGAAGGGAGACAGAGUGGAAAACAAAGUGCUGGUGCUCACAUCAUGCCGCGCCUUCCUCCUGUCAGCACGCAUCCCCACCAAGCUCGAGUUAACCUUCAGCUAUCUGGAGAUUCAUGGAGUCAUCUGCCACAAGCCAGCUCAAAUGGCUGUGGAAACUGAGAAGUGUAGCAUGUCCCUGAAGAUGGCAUCACCUGAGGACGUGAGUGAUGUGCUGGCUCACAUAGGCACCUGCUUGCGGAAGAUAUUUCCAGGCCUCUCCCCACUGAGAAUCAUGAAGAAAGUCUCCAUGGAGCCACCUGAGCGCCUGGCCAGUCUCCAGGCCCUGUGGGACAGCCAGACCUUGGCUGAGCCAGGACCCUGUGGUGGGUUUUCACAGAUGUAUGCCUGUGUGUGCGACUGGCUGGGGUUUUCAUACAGGGAAGAAGUACAGUGGGAUGUGGAUACAAUUUAUCUGACGCAAGACACCAGGGAAUUGAAUUUACAAGACUUCAGUCAUCUUGAGCACAGAGACCUGAUCCCCAUCAUUGCUGCCCUGGAGUAUAAUCAGUGGUUCACCAAACUGUCCUCCAAGGAUCUGAAGCUGUCCACAGAUGUCUGUGAACAGAUCUUGAGGGUGGUGAGCAGGUCCAAUCGACUGGAAGAAUUGGUGUUGGAAAAUGCUGGUCUCAGAACAGAUUUUGCACAAAAAUUGGCCAGUGCUCUAGCACAUAAUCCUAACUCAGGACUUCACACGAUCAACCUCUCCGGGAACCCGCUGGAGGAUCGAGGUGUGUCCUCCUUAAGUAUUCAAUUUGCCAAACUCCCAAAGGGAUUGAAGCAUUUAAACCUAUCUAAAGCCUCAUUGUCACCUAAAGGGGUGAACAGCCUUUGUCAGUCCCUCAGUGCCAACCCUCUGACUGCCUCUACCCUCACCCACCUGGACCUCUCAGGGAAUGCUCUCCGAGGAGAUGACCUCUCGCACAUGUACAAUUUUUUGGCCCAGCCCAACACCAUUGUUCACCUGGAUCUAUCUAAUACAGAGUGCUCUCUGGACAUGGUGUGUAGUGCUCUUCUCCGGGGGUGCCUUCAGUGUCUAGCUGUGCUCAACCUCUCCAGAUCUGUCUUCUCUCACAGGAAAGGAAAGGAAGUCCCCCUGUCUUUCAAGCAGUUUUUCAGCAGUUCUAUGGCUUUGAUGCAAAUCAAUCUUUCAGGCACGAAACUGUCUCCUGAGCCCUUGAAAGCACUGCUCUUGGGCCUGGCCUGCAAUCAUAGCUUGAAGGGGGUCUCUUUGGAUCUCAGCAACUGUGAGCUGAGGUCAGCAGGAGCUCAAGUGCUAGAAGGCUGCAUUGCUGAAAUCCAGAACAUCAUCAGCUUAGAUAUCUCUGACAACGGUUUAGAAUCCGACCUAUCUACCCUAAUUGUGUGGCUCAGUAAAAACAGAUCAAUACAGCACCUGGCAUUAGGCAAAAAUUUUAAUAAUAUGAAAUCCAAAAAUCUGACGCCUGUGUUGGACAACUUAGUGCAGAUGAUCCAAGACGAAGACUCUCCUCUGCAGUCCUUGUCCCUGGCUGACUCAAAACUCAAGGCUGAGGUCACCAUCAUCAUCAAUGCAUUGGGCAGCAACACCUCCCUGACCAAAGUGGACAUCAGUGGAAAUGGCAUGGGGGAUAUGGGAGCGAAGAUGCUCGCCAAGGCUCUGCAGAUCAACACCAAGCUCAGGACAGUCAUCUGGGACAAAAACAACAUUACUGCACAAGGCUUUCAAGAUAUAGCCGUUGCUAUGGAAAAGAACUACACACUGAGAUUCAUGCCAAUUCCUAUGUAUGAUGCUUCCCAAGCUCUUAAAACAAACCCUGAGAAGACAGAAGAGGCUCUGCAGAAGAUAGAAAAUUAUCUGCUACGGAAUCACGAGACUAGAAAAUACCUUCAGGAGCAGGCCUACCGCCUCCAGCAGGGCAUUGUCACCAGCACCACCCAGCAGAUGAUUGACCGGGUAUGUGUAAAGGUUCAGGAUCACCUCAACUCCUUGCGAUCCUGUGGGGGCGACGCUAUUCAGGAGGAUUUAAAGGUAGCAGAGCGGCUCAUGCGUGAUGCUAAGAAUUCUAAAACGUUGUUACCGAAUUUAUACCAUGUGGGCGAUGCUUCCUGGGCAGGAGCCAGUGGCCUAUCAUCCAGUCCCAUUCAGGAAACCUUGGAAUCAAUGGCUGGAGAAGUCACAAGAGUUGUUGAUGAACAAUUGAAGGGUUUGCUUGAAUCCAUGGUGGAUGCAGCCGAGAACCUCUGCCCCAAUGUGAUGAAAAAAGCCAACAUCCGACAGGAACUGAUCCACGCCAGCACGGAAAAGAUUUCUAUCCCACGCACCUUUGUAAAAAAUGUCCUGUUGGAACAGUCUGGAAUAGACAUUCUUAACAAAAUUAGUGAGGUGAAGCUAACAGUGGCCUCAUUCUUGUCUGACCGCAUCGUGGAUGAGAUCCUGGAGGCGCUCUCCAACAGCCAUCGAAAGCUGGCGGACCAUUUCAGCAGGCGAGGCAAGAGCCUUACCCAACGAGAGGCCGUAGAGGUGGAGCUGGCUGAGGAAAAGCCAGUGAAACGUGCCACUCUUACGGUGGAGGAUCUCACCGAGGUGGAGAGGCUGGAAGACCUAGACACCUGUAUGAUGACUCCCAAGUCCAAGAGGAAGAGCAUCCACAGCCGAAUGCUGCGGCCUGUCUCCAGGGCGUUCGAAAUGGAGUUUGAUCUUGAUAAAGCCCUGGAGGAGGUGCCGAUUCACAUUGAAGACCCACCUUUCCCAUCAAUCCGGCAGGAGAAGCGAAGCUCCGGGUUGAUUUCUGAGCUGCCCUCAGAGGAAGGCAAGAGACUGGAACACUUUACCAAGUUACGGCCCAAGCGGAACAAGAAGCAGCAGCCUACACAGGCAGCGAUCUGUACCACCAGCAUCGUCCCCCAUGAUGGAGAACAGAACGGCCUCAUGGGCAGAGUGGAUGAAGGUGUAGAUGAAUUUUUCACCAAGAAAGUGACUAAAAUGGAUGGCAAGAGGUCAUCCACACGCUGCUCGGAUGCCCACGAUCUGGGUGAAGGAGAUGAGAAGAAAAAACGGGAUUCUAGGAGAAGUGGCUUUCUCAACCUAAUCAAAUCGCGCUCCAGAACUGAGCGGCCACCCACGGUCCUGAUGCCAGAAGAGUUCUCAUCCCCAAAGGGGGCAAUUCGGAGUCCGCCAGUGGACACCACCAGGAAGGACAUAAAAGCAGCUGAACACAAUGGUGCUGCCGAACGCACAGAAGAGAUGAAGACUCCAGAAUCCCUGGAGGAGGGUCUGUCAGAGGAAGCAAGCAGGGUUGAGCGCAGUGACAGCAGGGUUGAACGCAGCGACAGCAGGGGUAGCCCACAGAGUGGCCGGCGCUAUGUGCAGGUGAUGGGCAGUGGGCUGCUGGCUGAGAUGAAGGCCAAGCAGGAGCGGAGAGCCGCGAAUGCACAGAAGAAGAUUGUCAAUGACGCCAUCUCCCAGGAUUCCUCCAGCCCAGUCUUGAGCAACACAGAGCGGUCAGAUGCGGGCGGAACAGUGCCCAAACUGCACCCAGGUGCUCCAGAGGCCCGCUUUGGUUUGGGAACACCAGAAAAGAAUGCCAAAGCAGAACCCAGAGUGGAUGGGGGCUACAGGUCUCGAAGCUCCUCCAGCGUGCCCACCAGUCCGAAGCCCCUCCUGCAGUCCCCCAAGCCCAGCCCAGGAGCCCGGCCCUCCAUCCCUCAGAAGCCAAGAACUGCCUCCCGACCUGAAGACACCCCAGACUCUCCAUCUGGUCCUAGUUCCCCUAAAGUUGCUCUUCUUCCACCCAUCCUCAAAAAAGUCCCCUCGGACAAGGAGCGUGAUGGCCAGAGCAGCCCCCAGGCCAGUCCCAGGACCUUUUCCCAGGAAGUGACAAGCCUUCCAGUGGAGGGAAAAGAUCUUCAAAACUCUACUCCACCAUUGCAGAAGAGGAAGUGAAUGCACCUGGGUACAGGAAGUCACAGCCAACAAAUGUCUCAAGGAGAAGCUGGGGUCCACAGGCUCAGGAGUAUCAAGAACAAAAACAACAGUCCUCUGGCAAAGAUGGUCACCAAGGGAGCAAAUCCAGUGACUCUGGAGAAGAGGCAGAAAAAGAGUUUAUUUUUGUGU